AUGUCCGGACUAGAAGUCCUCGGUAUUGCUGCCAGCAUUCUCCAGGUCGUAGAACUUGGCACCCAUCUCUCGAUUAAGCUCUAUACAUUCUGCCGCCGGCUCAAAGACACAGACCAACGCAUCCAGAGCCUGUCCAGUGAUGUUGCCUUGACGUGUAACGUUCUACGACAAUUAGGCGACAGCCUCCAACAGGAUGAGGAUGCUAAACUCUAUUCUAUGGAGGCAUUUGCUACAGCCCAACAGGUGCUGGGAGAAUGUAGAAAGCUGUUUCAACGAAUCGGCGAUGCGGUGGAUUAUCCCGACCAGAAAGCCACGAAAGGCCUUCUCAAAAAGGCGGCAAGAAAGGUCGGGUUCCUGUGUAUCGAGGAAGACCUGGAGGUUCUCAGAGUCAACUUGGAGCGCCUCAAGUCAACCAUGCUUCUGAUGCUUAAUGUAAUCAUGUAUGCUGGACAGCUGCGUAGUCGAGCAGAACUGAGCGUCCUCGAGGAGCAGCGAAUGCUGAUUCGCACACUUGUCGAAGAGAAGAAAACGAACGAAACUCAAUUUGAACGUUUGACGAAGGCUUUAGAGUCUGCCAAAAUUACGGACAAUCGGCUGAACAAACCCCAGCCAGUGACCUGUCUUACCACCACAUUUGUAUGCAAUGAUGCUCCAUUGGCGAACGAUUUACUCUCGUCGGAGCUGAGAGAGUAUUACGCCCUGGUGAAGAAAGUCCUGUCCGAGAUUGAUGCCAGUCAACCUAGACUUGAACAUGAUCAAUAUCGUCGAAUGAGAGACGACAUUCUACAAUUUUAUUACUCGGAAAUUAGCUACUGUGAAUCUCUUCACGGUCAUCAAGUUGCCCAGUGGUUCCGGGAACAAUAUUCUACACUCUGCAAGGAGGAUGUGGAUCAUUUACGACGAUUGGGGAAGCUCACGCUUGGAAUCGUACAAGUUUGGAACAAAACGGAACAAGCACAAUGCUCAGCCUAUGCCAGUCCAACAGCCCCCCAACAUAUUCAGCCAUGUAAAACAACCGGUCACAGCUCCUGA